AUGCGUGUAUUGCAAGCCAUGCGGGCAUUAGCCAGUGGCCUUCGCAGUCGCCCUCGUAACGGCAACGAGCGUGACUUGGCAUCUUUUCGUUCCUCUUCACAUCACAAGACACAGACGCGCGCCCGCACCGCGUAUAAUUCAAAGUGUGACGCUGUUGGACCUGAUGAGACGGUGCGCAAUGCAGUGGCGUUUCUAAUGCAGGAAGACGCUGAAAGUGCGCUUAUCUUUGCACUUGUGCAUGAUCCCGAGUUCCGCUUGGCCUCGGCGCUUGCAACGAUACCGUCCGGAGCUGACGUGAAUGUGAUUCGAGCCUUGUUGUUUGUGUUUGAAAACUACGAGGAUCAACUACGGAAACUUCUGGGACUGCUCAUGUUUCGAGAGAUGGUGCAUACACUCAACUGGAACGAGCUCUUUCGAGCCAACUCGGCUGCAACAGCUUUGCUGCGCGAAUACACGUGCGAACUCGGCGGUGAGUUUCUGCAACACGCGCUGGCGGACGUCAUCAACGAUCUGUGGAUCAACUCGGACGGAUACGAGGUGAAUCCGCGCUUUUUGCAGCCACAGGACAAUUUACAUGCCAACCAGCAGCGACUUGAAGCGUUGGCCGAGCGCACGUUGGACCGGAUUUUUAAUGCAGUGUCGAUAUUCCCGUAUCAAAUUGCGAAAAUCUAUCGCGUGCUGGAGUUGGAAAUGACGCGAUUAAUUGAACGAGAUCGACGUAGCAACGUGUCGCUACCAAGACUCAGCGCAAUGCGAGGAAGUUGUCCUAGCCUACUUUCCUCGGACACUGGUAAUCACAACAACAGCUUCAUUGAGAGCACGUCAAGGGAAAGUGCUGGACAUUUUGGAGGACUGCCACGGCUCAGUUCCAUUGAAGAGGAUCUCUUAGACGAAAUGCUCACGCAGUCAAACAACUCCAAUGGAUCGUGUUCGACUAUUGCUGCUGCGAAGGAAGAGUUCUUCAUGCACUUGGGUGGGUUGGUGUUUCUGCGAUUCCUGUGCCCCGCGCUAGUAGUCCCGCACAAGAUGAACUUGACCCCAGGAAAUGCUGCGCCAGGCAGGCAAAUGCAGCGGACACUUGUGCUGCUGGCAAAGUUGAUGCAGUCUUUGGCAAACAACGUCGAGUACAGCGCAUCAACCGAGCCGUUCAUGGUGCCAUUUAAUGCCUUCCUUGCACGCAAUAGGCUCAAGCUUAUGCGCUUCUACGAUCAUUUGUGUCAACGAGCACAGAAUGAUCCUCGUCGAGAAAGUCUUGUUGUGCGUAGCAAUGUUGCCCCGCGAUUGUCGCAGCUUUGGUCGAGCCGGAGUGGCAGCAGUCUAGGCAAAGAUUCGUCGAUUGUAAACCUCACAGGGGCACGCAUUAUGGAGGCUCCAGAAGCGUCGUAUGCUGUUUUGCGCAAUUGGAUGGGUUUACAUCUCGACUACUUGGCUCAAGAAGUGGCAGAUAACAAUAAGUUUCGGCGACAACAACAGAUCGUCGUAAACAAUGGAAGCAGUAGUAGCAGUGGGACUUCCACUCCUCCAACGACGUCUACUCUAUCGAUGACAGCAUCACCUGUAAAGCCUCAACAGCGACCCAAGAGAAAACUGAAGUCGUCGAAAAGCGCAACAUAUCCGACUGAAAUCCAGGAGGAGGAAGACAAAAAAGUUAAUCUGGUCGCGAAAGCUAAUCAGCGUCGCAAUAUCACCAUGCCUGUAUCACUGGAUGAGCUGGACAAAAUCAUGGGCCACACCAGUCAUCGCGACAAUCAGUUAAUGAAGGUUUACUACGCUACGCUCUCACAGAAUGGUCUGCGGCGAUUACUUCAUGUGAACGAUGUAGAUGGCGCAGAGUGGACAGUGUACAAGAGUCGCGGAGAUGUGAAGGUGUUUCGGAAAACGCCUGCUCAUUUCUUGUGCUCGUCCGGAGGCUUUGCUUCUGAAAAGGAUCGAUUUGUAGAGAUGAAAGGAAAUGUCAUUAUUCGCUCAACUCCUAGGCGUGUGUUCCAGUAUCUACAAACACUCGAUGGAGGCAGUAUGAAUGAUGACAAGGCAUUGAUUAGAAAAGUGGAACCUCUGGAUGAGUCCAGGGCAGUACUUUAUCAUCAGCACUCGAAACUAUCGCUGUGGCCAGCGUGGCUGGUGAAGCCUCGUGAUUCGUGUGACCUUCACAGCUUCAUUGAGAAGACAGGUCGGCCAGAUACGUACGCAGUGCUGCAGGAGUCAAUUCCUCGUGCAGAUGUACCUGAGCGCAAGGGAGUUGUGCGUAUGGCGCUUGCUACUGGUGGGUACUUGAUUGAAUCAUUUGCAGGCGAGGAUGAGGAAGACUCAGAUACGACUUUUACACGGCUUACAUGCGUCGUACGGGCAGACUUUAAGGGACUGAUGCCUCGGUACCUAGCAGAGAGCAUUGUUUAUCGGCAAGUACUGGAAAUUGAGGCAAUUCGUUCAUCUGUGGAAUCGACACAGCUCGAGUUGAACGCAUGGGUGUAA